AUGGAGGAGGUCAAAGUCCGGAGGUGGAGAUGUGACUGGAGUUCUGGAGGUGGAGGUGUGAUGGGGUUCCGGUACAGGAGUCCGGAGCCGGAGGUGGAGCAUCACAAGCUCUGGUCUGGAAGAUACAAGCUAGAGGUAGAGUGGGCUCUCAACAACCAACAGGGGGAGGAGGAGGCGAAGGAUGUGGAGUUCUGGAGGAGGAGAUGGAGGUCCAGAAUCAGGAGUGGAGGUCCGGAGUUGUAUGGAUAUGACAGCUACAAGAAGGACAUGAAUCAUUCCUCUCAGCUUGGCAAAGCACUCCACGACUGGAGAAAAGCAGAGUUUUCUCAGCACUAUCCUGAUUGGCACAACAGUAUUUGGAUAGGGGACUGGAUUGUACUUGGCAACCCAAUCAUUGACAAUAUUAUCUAUCUCAUGAAUUGCAACAAACUUUUGAAUCAACAAGAUUUCAUACAGCUCAUUGAUUGGGAAGAACGUGGCUACUACGCAUCAGAGCUGUUGCCAAUGAUUCACCAGAUUUUCCCACCAGCAGUGCCCCCAUCUGCUCAGCCAUCCACCCCAGCACAAAGCAAUACUGUGGUUCAGCCUUGCAUGAAAAAAUGUGGCAACUGCAAGAACAUGGCCACAAUGAGACCGGGUUGA